UCUUAGAAGCAGGUGUCUGGCAAUUGUGCAAGCCCUUCAACAUUCACUUGAAAGAAUGCCCACAAAAUCCGACGAGCCGAAUUGCUGGCGCGAAGGUUUGAUUCGUUGCAUGUGAAGAGGACGAUGAUGUGCCGCGCGCGUCGUGUUGCCAGAUUGGAGCAAGCUUCGCCGGGGACUCCACAUGCGCGCAUGGACGCCUGUCGACUCCCGACAAUCACCGACAUGAACUAGUUCUACAAAGCACAUCCCACCUCCACUCUCACCUUCCACCCACGUCCUCUCACUCUCUCACGCGCACACCGACCGACGCGCAGCUUCGUCGACCUGCACGCCUCCCUCGACUCCCAUGUGGACCGCUGCAGAUUCCUCUCCCAUAUCGCAAACCUUAUCCGACACGCCGUAAACUGCCCGACGGAGGAUAUCGGAUCCCCGACCACCUACCAUACCUGCAACAACCUCGUCGCAAACCACAUCCACGCACACAUCCACGCACAAUGCAGGCCACACGGCGGCUCUUCCAGCACCGCCAGCCCAUGAUCCGUUUCUUGGGAAAGCGAUCAAACCCCAAGCAAGUCGACCAUACCCCAAAGCCACACCCCGAGUCCCCAUCCCACGAUCUUCCUUCAUCGUUCGCCAACUACCGACAACAAGCCAUUCAACACGGACCUCUGAAGGGCGGCCAGCAGAAGCCUAACGCACCGUCUUCUGGCUCCGCAGCCGCACCAUUGAAUCCUUACGGAGCGAUUGGAGGCAGGAGCGCAAAGGAAUUGGGGCCGAUCAAAGUAGCACAGGGAGAAUUCGCGGAUAGGAACGAUUUGCCAAAGAGGUUCCACCGGACAGCGUGGAGCCAGGCUGAAAUUGAUGCGAUCGAGAGUGGAGGAGCGAGCAUGUUUGGCUGAAGAAGGAAUAUGCACAGCAGCCUGAGAGAAGGAAUGCGAGGACCUAUGGACGUGCUGGAAAGAAUCACGAUUCGGGAGGGGAGGCGGAAAUGAAAUCCCACGUGCAAUGAGAGACUUCGCUAGGCGGACAUUGAGCAGGAGAAAUUAUGCUUCGCGAUAAGAUGAGCUCAGCAACGGAGAGUAUCGAGAGCGACAUGAAAAUGCUAAGAUAAGAAACACUGUACUGGUACGUGUACAUACUGCUAGAGCAUAGAACACUUACGACCAAGAAGGAACUUCUCAACCGACCGAAGUGCCCUCCUCCGCCUCAAAGUAGGUGGCAGUCUGAUCACCUUCUUCCAGCUUCCGCUGCAGCAACUCCAUCUCUUCUUCCAAUUCGGCUUUCGAGCAGUUCUGCUUCGCGAACUCGAAAUCGAUCAGGAUCACCUCUUUGCCCUCCGCCCCGUCUCCCUUAGGCACGAGGAAAUUCCCAUGAUCGGGAUCGCCGAGCUUGAUACUCAGCGCGUGCAACCGCGCAAGAGCCCUCUUACAAGCUGUCAAAUCUUCCAAACCCGCAGCGCGUCUCAUGUUCCCGGCAUAUUC